AUCCAAAGCAAGGAAUUAAACUAGUAGUUGGGCCAAAUCCAUAAAUUGCUGGAACUCUACUCUACCCGAUUCUUUUCUUCAUUCUGAAGAACUCAAAACUCACGAUUAAUAUGUCAUUUUGUCAAAAAAAAAAAAAAAACUCACGAUUACAGGUAGAUUCUUCUGCGCAAAAAUGGCCGAAACGACACCGUCACGCACAAUCUCCCUCAUCUCCAUCCUCUUCCUCCUGCUCACCACCGCACCAGAACCCACCCAUUCCUUGUCCUUCUCCUUCGUCCAGUACCGAACCGUCGUCUCGCUCUCCCACUCGCUCAUGACGCGCGUGGCCAACCUCCGCGCCUCCAGGGGCGACGUCUCGGGCUCGCGCCGGGCCCAUGUCAUCGCCGAGAAGCUCGAGAGUGGGCUGAACUUCGGCUUCUUGGGUCUCACCUGGUCAUUAGGCUGGGACUACCUCAAGAACUACGCGCGGAGGGAUAUAAACUACGCUGAGAUGUACGGCGUCGUUUCGGACGUGAACGAGUUGCUUAAAUCUGUGAGUGAGUUGACCCGGACGUACUCGGACGCCGAGAGAGCAACCUGGGCGGGGCGGAAUUACCAAAAUGUCCUCGGCGUCUCUACCUCGCUCUUUAAGAAGCUCGUCAAAGUGUUUGCUAAAUCGGGGACGUUGAGGGAAGCUCUGAAGGUGGCGGAGAAAGAGGUGGUGCAGGGAGGUUUACUGAAGGACUGUCUUGAAUUGGGGAGCAAUGACUUGAAAGGUUUGCUUCAAAUUCUCAAAGACUUGGCUUCCUCCGCUAAUGCUAAUACUAACACGAAUGCUAAUGAUUGGCGUGAUCCAUGACACACACUACUACACACAAAGGAAGACCAAGAUUUUAUUUGUAAUCAUCGUUUAAAAAAAAAAAAAAAAUGUUAUUUUGUAGAAAAUAGAAAAAUUUGGUAGUGUUAUAAUUCUAGAAAUUUAUAUUUUUUUUUCUUAUGUAGGAAUUACAUCAAGUUGUUAAGUGUAAUUUAUCACAAGCAAUUUCUAUA